GUAGCUGUGUUCCAGGGAGGCUGGGUGCGUGCUUCCGCUGGCUGGCUGACUUCUUCUUGGGGACGAGCUAGAGGCGAGGCGACCCGAUCUCCGGCCAUGCGCAACGGUGAGGGGACCGGCGGCGGAACAGCGGGGGACAUCGUGGAGGCCGGCGACGAGAGAGACCACGGGCCGCGGUUCGUGGAGCCCGUGUCCGCGUCGCACGGGUUGCAGGCGCCGCGCGAUGGCAGCGACGACGACGAUGACUCCUUGGUCGAGAUCACCCUCGACCUUAGGGACGAUGACUCGAUUGUGGUGGUGAAACAGGAGACGCUGGCCAAGCGCCCGCCCUCGUACGGCCACGGCGUGCUCCGGGACGCCUCGGCGCGGGUCGAGCAGGCGCCGCAGGAGCUCCGGCGGCUCACGGCCUCAAGCAAGCAGGGACAGGGAGGCGCCCCGAGCUGCGUCGGUAGGUCCAUGACCGCCACCGCGCACUUGCUCAAGUUCCUCAGCCGGGUUGACGCCUCCGCCGGUUGGGCCGCCGUUGAGAGGCGCUUCGACGAAGAAGCCAAGGAUGGCCUCCUCCACCGGUCCAAGUUCGCCAAGUGCAUCGGGACGAAGGAGCUCGCGUUCGCCGGCGAGCUGUUCGACGCACUGGCAAGGCGUCAGCACAUCUCCGGAGAGAGCAUCAGCAAGCCAGAGCUGCUCGAGUUUUGGGACCAAAUUUCCGACCGCAGCUUCGAUGGCCGCCUGCAAAUCUUCAUGGAUAUGACUGAGAAGGACGGUGACGGGAGAGUCCUCGAGGAGGACAUCAAAGAGAUGAUCAUGCUGAGCGCGAAUGCAAACAACCUAACGAUGGACACACAACAGUCCCAAAAGUACGCCCGGCUCAUGAUGGAGGAACUGGACCCUGACGACCUCGGCUACAUCCAGCUGUACGCGUGCGAGCGAAUGGCGCGGCCGCUGCGGGGCAGCGCGCGGUCAGUGGCCAUACUGGAGGUGGCCGUGUUCCCGGAUCCUGCGAGCGCGAUGUCGAUGCGCUUCUCCAAGCCGCAGGGGUUCAGUUACAAGAGCGGACAGUACAUCUUCCUCAAAUGUCCUGCCGUCUCACGAUCCCAGUGGCACCCGUUCUACAUCACGUCGGCGCCACGGGACGAGCACGUCAGCGUCCACAUCAGGGCGGUCGGUGACUGGGCCAAGGAACUCCACAACGUCUUCCUAAAGGUUUGCCCGACGCCAACAAAGGAGAAGAGCGAGAUGAUCCGGGUGGAGUAUGACCUUGACAGCUCAUCGAAUCCGAGCUUUCCGAAGGUGGUGAUCGACGAGCCAUAUAGUGCGCCGACGCAGGACUACAAGAAGUAUGACACCGUCCUACUAGUGGGGACCGGCGUUGGUGCCGCACCCAUGAUCUCCCUCGUCAAGGACAUCGUCAACAACAUGAAGCAACCCAACUGCAGGGAUGGCGAAUCUAGGACCACUCAAACUUGUCGUGCCUACUUCUACUGGAUCACCCGGGAGCAAGGCUCCUUUGAGUGGUUCCGUGGAUUCAUGGACGAGAUGGUGGAGACAGGGGAUGAGGGUGUCAUCGAGCUUCAUAACUACUGUAGCAGCAUCUACGAGGAGGGCGACACCCGGUCCGCGCUCAUCUCCUUGCUCCAGUCCCUUAACCACGCCAAGCACGACAUCGACAUGGUCUCUGGUGCUCGCGUCAAGACCCACUUCGGCCGACCAAACUGGCGGGAUGUCUAUGAGCGUAUCGCCCUCAGGCACCGUGAACAACGCGUUGGAGUAUUCUACUGUGGCACGCCGGUGCUGACAAAAGAGCUGAGCGAGCUUGCCCAUAAUUUCUCGAGAAAGACAAGCACAAAGUUUGAGUUUUAUAAUGCGAACUUCUAGUUAUGCAGAUAACUCAGCCACAAGAAGUUUCUCUUUUUUGUGUGGGAAAGUGGAAGCAUGUUAUUUUUAU